CUGUCUUCUCCGUAUAAUGAACAGCAAAUCUGGAACUACGCCCACGUAUCCGAGCUCUGGAAAUUCCACGGCUGGAUCAACGAAGAGGAAUCCCAGCAAGCACGGCUGCACUACGGUGGCUAUAGUAUCAAAACCCAUCUUAGCCUCCGCAUCAUCACACUCAAAACUGACCUCUGGUACCGCAACAACCUCUUCAACUUCAUCAACUCCACCGACCAUGACACCUCCGGAAUGCUGCGAUUCCUCAUCGACGAGCUCCAAACGGCCGAGGAUGCUAGCGAGCGCAUCUGGAUUCUAGGACACGUCGCCUCGGGAUGGGAUGCGAGGGGCAGCCUUCCAAAGCCCAGCGACCUGUUCUAUCAGAUCGUCGACCGCUUUUCUCCGCACGUCAUUGCGGGGAUCUUCUUCGGUCACACUCAUGAGGACCAGGUCAUGGUGUACUAUUCAAACAAUGGGACGGAGCAGACGAGCGAGCACGCGUUGAUGACAGGUUGGAUCGGCCCGAGUGUCACGCCGCUCACGCGUCUCAACUCGGGAUUCCGGGUAUACGAAGUCGAUACGGGCGACUUCAGCAUCUACGAGUCCUGGACUUUCUAUACCGACGUCUCGACUUUCUCCGAGCUG